UGCAACAAGGUCAUUUAAGUCAUCUGUGUUCCGUGAGAACGUUCAAAACAUUGUGCUUAUUUUCAUAAUUUUAUUAAUAAAAACAUCAAAAUGUGUGCUAAAAUGGCAUUUCAACACCAAGCUGGCACAGCUAUGGAGUGUCUGAGUAUACCCAUCACAUUACAUAAGGAACGCGAUGGGGAUACAAUGAGAUGUGGGUUCAAAAUUGGGGGUGGAAUUGAUCAAGACUACCAUAAGAGUCCACAGGGCUACACUGAUAAUGGAAUUUACGUUACAGAGGUGCAUGAAUCAAGUCCUGCCUCUAAAAGCGGCCUACGAGUCCACGAUAAAAUCCUUCAAUGUAACGGUUACGAUUUUACGAUGGUUACCCAUAAAAAGGCAGUUAGCUACAUUAAGAAACACCCUGUAUUAAACCUACUAGUAGCUCGGAAGGGCGUUACAUCGACAUAAAUAUGUUUUAUUUUUGAACUAUGUAACAUUCUAAUUUACUCUUUAAUAUCCCUUUUUGUUCCAGUUACCAAUAAUUCCAAUAUUUUAAGUGAGUUAUAUUUAAGUAAAUUUUAAGCAUAGAUUUUAUAUGUUUGAUACGAAAUAUAUAUUUCCGUUUUUUAUUAAUA